AUGGAUCCACCCGCAGCGCGACCCAUCGACAUACCGGAAAUACUUUCCGCUAUUCUCGAAGCCGCUGCCGAUCGUCCGGAGUACAUUGAACAUUGCAUCCCUACCAGCGAGCGGAUACGUGCGUCAGCGCGACUGCUCUGCAAGUAUGCACUUGUUUCGAAGCUUUGGAACGACUGCGCCACGCCUUGGCUAUGGGAGAUGCUGCCGGACCAGCUCGCCCUGCUGAAGCUCCUACCUGACGACGCAUGGACUAUGAUCGAUGGAGAUUCUCCGUCGCAGGCUUCCUUGACCUCGUCCCUGCUGACGGGUGCCGAGAAUCGGAAGUUUGAUAUGGCCAGAGAGUUUAAUCAAGAUGACUUGAAGGGCAUCCAGCGACUCGGCCGACACGUCAGAAUCCUCCGUCAUGACGAUCAUCUUUGUACCCCCACCGUCCAUCGUCUCAUACUCACUGCCUCCUCGCUGCUCAUGUGCAAGCUCGAGCGACUUCAUGUCACCAUGCACGGCUCGGUCGAGGCUUUCCAGCUAUACUCAUCGACAAUCUGGGACCUUCAGAUCUGGGUUCGAGGCGCUGAUGUCCCAAUCUUGACGGAUGUGAUCUGUCCCAAGCUCACCCACCUACUCUUGGACCUCCCCCUUCAUAGGUUCGACAACAACUUUACGGAGGCACAGCAACUAGGAUUACACUUAAUAGGCCUUUCCUCGGUCACCCACCUUUCUGUUCUCGUCGGCCUCGAUCUUGCGGGCAUCCUCGUCAUGCUUCUCGGCCAGAGUGUGUCCGUUACACACCUGCGGCUGAUGGACCCCACCUACGCGCUGAAAGACCCGUCCAGCGCGCUCGCGAUGCAGCACAUAGGCAAAACAGGCUUUAAGAACCUACGUCGCCUGCAGCUUCCGCGAGUGUGCCCGGAAUUCGCCAUGGCGCUUCUACAGUAUCUAGGGGACACGCCGCGCGAGAUCGAGAUGCUCAAGAUGCCAAUAACGCGCUUUGCCACCCGCGACGAGAUGAAGACGCUUAUUGUCGCCGUAGCCGAGCAUUGUUCCCCGACAACGUUGACCCACCUCGACAUUCUGGCAGGCGUGCCACCGACUCCUAUGUUCAAUGACCCGCCUACCCCACUGCUGGUACCCCUCGACUUCCUUCGACCGCUGUCUCAGCACCGUCUGCUAGAGGAGAUCUCCAUCGGAGAGACGGAGGGUGCCGUAGGCCUCACCGAUGACGCCUAUAGCGAGCUCGCGCAGUGGUGGCCCAAUCUCGUGCGCCUGCGCGUACCGAACGCGACAGGGACAUCGUGCACGCUGAGAACUCUUCUCGCGUUUGCUACGCACUGCAAGCAGCUACGGACGCUCACCCUCAAGUUGGACGUCCGGUCUGCAUACUUGCCGAACGAGGAGGUGGCGGUAGCUAAAACCCCAGCCCCUGCUCUCGAGCGCUUGGAGAUCAACGACGGACGCAUCGUAGUCGCUGACGAGGUCGCAGACUGCCUGACUGCGCUGUUUCCCGCCCUCACGGAGGUGGCCUAUCGUGCCGAUGAAGAACUGAUGUUUUACGACGAGGCUGCCGUGAUUUAUCGCGAAGAGGCCUGGGAUCGGGUCUCGAGGAUGUUGCGCUGGUAUCGCAGCGUCAAGAGCGGGCCUUGGACGGACUUCGAAGACUUUGAGGACGCAGUCGAUCAUCAGUAUGCAUCUUCCCGUGGUAUGCCGUUUUUCUAG